CUCAGCCUCCUGCCAGAUGGAAGGGGCACAAACAGUUCCUGUCCGGGGUGAGAGGGGCCGGCUACCAUCUUUUUAGCUCGCUUCAGAGACCUGGAAUAGAACAAGUUAAAGGUUAAUGAAUGUAGCGUGUACUUAUUAAUUACAUUAAACAAUUGGUUUUGUUCAAUGAUUCUCCUGUUUUCAAGUGUUUAGGCAUGUUUAUUCAUGCACUUAUGAAGUUAUUAUGUUUUAAUCAUUUCAAAUAAAUGCUGUUCAGGUAUACUUAGUUGAACAUUUACGUGAAAUAUAUUAGUCAAGAUUUCAGAAAAUGUAGCCUAGUACAGAAUCAUUUAGUAGCUACUUGGACUAAUACACCCCAACAGGUUUGGGUUGUAAUUAUAUCAACAGGUAACUUAUUACAGUCACGUGAUUGGCACAUUGACGUGUCGUCUCGACCCCCACUCCCCCGUGGACAAGGCUCAUGAGGUGGCACCCGUCGCAGCACUCGAAACACGUGCCUCCUCAGCGCACCAAUGAAAAGUGAGUCCAGUCCACCGCUUUCUGAGUCCCAUUUACAAUUGGCCAACGCAGAUAUCACUCACAACUUCCUCCAUUCGCUUCCAUGGCAACGGCCCUCGUACCCGGAAGUUAUUCGCAUAUGCGCCAAAUAUCGACAGCUCAACUUUGCGGCGGGGAGAAGUUUCUCAAGAAAAUGUCGGUUGAAAAGCAGAAAAUUAAAGUGACCCAGCUGAGUGGAUAGAGCCUCCGGGCGAAUGCCUGCACCGAGGCCGAAAUGCAGCGGAGUAAAGCGGCUGUGGCCGUGGAGGUGAAGCAGGUGAUCGGAGCUCUGUGUACACUACUAGCGGCCAGCGGCCUGGAUCGUGUCCCCCCACCGGAGAACUUCAGACGGGCUAAAUUCGGCGGUGGACCGGAGGUGGAGGACCAGUUCUGGCAGCUGCUCGCCGGUAUCCUUCUGACAUCAAGCCUUGUUUCGCGUGAAGCUGAUGCAGAGACAGGCGGAGCCGCAGAGAACAGGGAGCUGGUGGCGGCAGGCCUCAGGCAGACUGGCUACCACGCGGACUGGAUGUGUGGGAGCUGGGGAAGAGGAGGAGGAGGAAGAGGGGAGGAGGGAGGGAGACUCUCCGGUAGAGACCUUCUCCUGGCGCUGGGCUGGCUGCUCUCUACGGGAAAGCUGGAGGAGCUGCUGACCCGGCGAGUGCAGCAGCUGGACAAGACACUGCUCACACCUUCACCUGUAAACCCUCCGCCCAACAACCCGCUCCCAUCAGACUGUGGGUCUCUGAGGAGACUUCACUGGCUCAUUGGUCGCCAGAGAAACCAGGGAAGGAUCCUGCUGUCCAUGCAAGAGGAGAGGACUCGCUUGCUCCACGCGGUUUUAUUUGCCAGCAUUCCCUCCUCUGUAUCCUCCUCCUCCGAUCAAAGCUCCACCGCGCUGAGGGAGGAGUGUGUGUGUGUGCAGCAGCUCUGUCACCUCCUAGAAGCAUAUUUGAACUGGAAACAGGUGGAGAAGGUGUUCUGGACUUGGAUGGACAGUGUGUUGGAUAACCAUUUGACGAAUCCUGUUGUCGAGAAGCAUACACACGAUGCAUCCAGCGGCAGCGCAGGGAUAUGUCACCACGGAAACCGGGGGCUAGGGAAGUUGGAUGAAAGACUAAUGAGGCUGCCUACAGGACAGGGGAGAGGCAGAGGGGAUGCUGAGGACAUAGGAGAGAGGUUGCAGUGUGGAUCGGAUACCUCUUGGCUCCCGCCUCCUCUCCCUUACCUGCCCUCUCUCCCCCACGUCUACCGAGCCAGGCUCCAGACCGGGAGGCCAGGCAGACACAGCAGCCACCCAGCAGAGGGAUCCCGCGGCGGGGUCGAUACUCAGGACGAGCUUCCAGCAUGGCAGGCUGCCCAGCUGCUUCUUCAGACAGAGGUUCUGCUGCUGGAGAGGAGGGACAAGCAGAGACAGGCCAAUAGGAUGAAGCUGCAGGAGAUGAUUGACAGACUGGACAAACUGGUGUUGAUACCACCACAGACUUGUUUUAAUCCUCAAACUGCUGAAUUACUGAUUGAGAAAUAAACACAAUAUGGAUUUUCAGGUUUUAA